AUGGAGGCGAAUAUCUGUGAUGCGAAAACUGGAUCGCUUGACGAGAAACAAAAUACUUCCAGUGAUCACAAUGAUCAAAUAUCCGAAGAAAUCAGCCUAAGUCAAGACAACUGCAGUUCAGAGCAUAUGGAUGUUCUGCUUGGCAAGUUCAACUCGCUCGUUCUUUCCAGUGAGGAGUAUCAAAAAUAUGCAAAGAGUGAGCAAGGAUACAUGCGGACUUUGCAGAAAGCUCUUGAUACCGUUGACAUCAAAAUUAACGGCAGCCGACCUUGGGAUGUUAAGGUACACCAUCCGCUGCUUUAUCGUCGUGUGCUUCGCAAAGGGAGCCUCGGUCUUGGCGAAGCUUACAUGGAUGGCUGGUGGGAUACGAACGACUUCUACUCUUUGCAUUUGUUCUUUAAGAAAAUUCUUGAAGGUAAUCUUGAGUAUUACUUCCCAAAUAGUGCUAAGGACUUUUGUAACGUGCUCAAGGCCAGACUUUAUAACUUCCAGACCAAAAAAAAGAGCAAGCGUGUCGGUAUUCAGCAUUAUGACUUGGGAAGCAAAUUUUUCGAAGAGAUGUUAGGGAAAAGCAUGCAGUACAGCUGCGCAUAUUGGGUGAAACAUGAUGCGAAUGGCAAUCCAUGCCGUGUUGAAACUCUCGACGAAGCGCAGGAAGUAAAGCUGAAAAUGAUUGGAGAUAAGCUGAAGUUGAAAAAAGGGAUGGAGGUGCUUGACGUGGGGUGUGGUUGGGGCACUUUGGCAAAAUUCCUCAGUGAGCGAUACGACGUAAAGGUGGUUGGCAUCACCAUCUCACAACAGCAGUACGAAUUCGCGUCCGAGUACACCAAGGACGAUCCCAAUGUUACGAUACUGGUGCAAGACUACCGCGAUGUGAACUUUACGAGGAAAUUCAACCGCAUCGUAUCGGUUGGUAUGUUUGAGCAUGUUGGGUAUAAAAACUACUCCACCUUUUUCAAGUGCAUGCGACGUCUCCUGAAGAACGAUGACCCCGAUGCGCGUUUGCUGCUGCACACCAUAGGUGGGAAGAUCACCAAGUGCACCGCCGAUCAGUGGUAUCUCAAGUAUAUAUUUCCAGGCGGCUGCUUACCGAGCAUUAUGAAUAUCGGCAAAAGCAGCGAGAGGAAAUUUGUUAUCGAGGAUAUCCACAACUUUGGGUUUUUCUACGGCCCCACGCUAAUGGCCUGGCGGGAACACUUGUUGAACAUGUGGAGGCGUGAUGUGCAAUCUCGGCUGAAUGAAAAAACGGAGGGCUUCUUCCGAAUGUUUUACUACUAUUUAAGCAGCAGUGCCGGCGCGUUUCUGUCGCGAGACUUACAGCUAUGGCAAAUCGUGUUCAGUCCGAAUGGACUUCCAGAAUACCCUGAUAUCCCACGCCCAUGA